AUGUACAUAACAGCUGAGAUGCCAGAUCCAACAACAGAUCCGGCACUACAUCAGACAAUCACAAGCUGCAUGAUUCAUGGACCAUGUGGACCACUAAAUCCAAAAGCUCAGUGUAUGAAGGACGGUAAAUGUAGUAAAGGUUAUCCUAAACCUUUUCUUCAUGAUACAUUGUUCGAUACUGAGGGAUACGUUCGGUAUAAACGAAACCCAAAUUCACACCAUAUGACCCCAUCCGGACAGGUUAUAGAUAACGGAUACGUUGUUCCGUACAACAGAAGGCUUUCCUCACGAUUUCAGGCACACAUCAACGUCGAGUACUGCGGAUGGAAUAUGAUGAUUAAAUAUCUCUUCAAAUAUAUUUCUAAAGGGGCAGACCACGUCAGAUAUGCAAUCCAAAAGGCAGAAUCGCCCCACGCGUCCGCUUCCGUCACAGUGGAUAGCCAUCAUAACACACGUGGAGGUUCAGCGGUUACUCCUGUGAACGAGGUGUAG